UUCAAUAUUCAUGGAAUAAUUAUUGGCUCAUAUACAAGAAACUAACAAACAUAAACUUUUCCAUAAAUUUUCUCUGUAUUCAUUGUUGUUUCUCAUUAUUUUCUGAAUAAAGCUGUCUAGGAAUAUCAAUUGACAUUUUGUACCGACAAGUUAAGAAAGUGCACAUCUAGAGCUGUUAUCAAAAGUAGAGACUUCUUUGUUAAAGAAUUCGAAGAAAGGAGAAGUAAAAAUGAAGUUGGAGGUGACAAAAGAGUUGAGGGACUCGGUGGAAGAGAAUCAAAUCAGUCUCAAAAAGGCAAUAAUUCUUCAUCAAACCAUUUAUCACAAGUUUCUGGAAGAUCAGAAGAAUGAAGAAUUGCGGAAAAAUCUGGUGGUAGCUGAGCAAGAAGUGUUGAAAUGUGGGUUAGAACAGAAAAUUCUUCUACAGAAACUGAGGACUGAACUUAGUAUUCAGGCCAAGCUAUCUCAAAAAAAUAGCAGUAAAUCCAUACUCGAAGAGAAAAAACAACAGCUCUCUUCGAAUUUGGUCAGAUCGAGGAAGCAAAAAAUAGCACCCAAAGUAUCGCCCAAGGCUUCUUGCUCCGAUGAAUCCAAUGAAGAUUCCGCAAAUUCCCCAACACCGAAAUUCGUCCAUGCUGAUACUCCUGAGCUAUUGGCCCAAAUAGAAUUUCUGAAGUUGUUCUCCUUGACGACGCUAGAGAAUUUCAAAGAAAUGCAGAACAAGAGGGUGGAAAGGAAGCGGAGAACCACAGCUAACCCAAAUUUUAUAUAUGAAAACGAUCUUCCCUCUAAAAGAAGAAAGAACAAUUACCCCUCCAGUAUAUCGCCCCCAAAUACGAGACAGGCCGUGAAGAAGAAAAAUGGUAGAGGUUCACCGCCUGCAGAAAAACCCGAGGAUAGAAAACUUUCGAAGAGGGCUUCCUCUGAGUCGAUACCGGAGAUGGUUAGCGAAAACACAAAUGAAUCUGACGAAUUAUCAAAUUAUAUUUGCAAGAACUGCAAAAGUGAUGGUGCUUUAUUACAGUGCGAACUUUGUCUGGAAGGCUUUCACGAAAACUGCGAUGAACCAUCGGUCUUGGGGUCUUCGAAGAGAUGCUCACAUUGCACGGAUAAGAAAAAAUCGAAGAAGAAACCGGAUAGUUUGGAGCAAGCGACAAGCUCAGAAAAGAUUGUGGAAAAACAGAAACUACAAGACCAAAACGAAAACCUAAGUGCCCAAUUGACGCAACUACAAGACCGACAUUCUCAAUUGACUAUUUCCCUAAAAAACCAGAAAGUAAGACAGGAAGAACUACUUUCAGAUAGGCAAAAUACGGAGGGGAAAAUCAAAUGUAUUUUAAACUUCAUUGAAGCUGUGAAAAAGUCUCCUAUGGCAGACUUGGCCCCACACUAAUUGUUUCAAUUUAUUGCCACGUUAAACCCAGCGUUUUGUUUCAAAAUUGCAGACUUUCUUGUUGAGAUAUUCUACAAGUGUUUUGUAAAUAAUUUAAUGUUCAUUAUAGUUUUAUAAAAUACAAAUUUGAUUAUU